UCUUGCAGCAAACCACUGGGGAACAGUAAUCCUAUGAUGAACUGUCAGGGGUUUUCACAGUAAAAAUAGACAACAAGUCUAUUGAGAACUACAUGUUUUCCUUUUUGUAGUUAAUGCCCUCUGCCAUCUGUUUGCAGGUAUGUGCCCACCCUGUGUGGACAUGGGCAACUUGCUGUCAUGUGAUCCACAACUAGGUUUAAAAGCUUAUGGUCCACUGAAAAGGACACAAUUCCCCACUGACCUGAGGUUGGAGCACACAUCACUGGAUCUGGGUGGUGCGUCUUUAACAUGUCCGACACAGAAGAAACCACACACGAGGGGUCACAUUCUGCAGAGGAAAAUGAAAAUGAAGGAGAAGACUCUAAACCCAGGUUGAAGCCCGGUUUUGUGCCCGGCCUGGCACCUCCCAAAAUCCCAGAUGGAGAAAAAGUAGACUUUGAUGACAUUCACAGGAAACGAAUGGAGAAAGAUCUGACAGAACUCCAGUCUCUGAUUGAAUCACACUUUGAGAAACGCAAGAAGGAGGAAGAGGAGCUCAUCAGCCUCACAGACCGGAUUGAGAAACGCAGGUCAGAAAGAGCUGAGCAGAUGAAGAUCAGAGCAGAGAGGGAAAGGGAACGGCAGAACAAACAAGCUGAAGAAAAAGCCAGAAAAGAGGGAGAAGAAGCAAAGAAGAAGGCCGAUGAUGAUGCAAGAAAGAAGAUGAUUCUAUCCAACUUAACCUUUACUGGAUACAAGACACAGAAUGGGACAAAGAAACCAACAGAAAGAGAAAAGAAGAAGAAGAUCCUGAACGAUCGGCGCAAGGAGCUUAACGUUGAACACAUGAAAGAAGACCAACUCAGAGAAAAAGCAAAGGAGCUUUGGGACUGGAUUCGACAGCUGGAGGCAGAGAAAUACGAACUUCAGUAUAAACAAACAAAGCAAAAGUAUGAGAUCACAGUGCUCAGAAACCGGAUCAGCGAUCAUCAGAAAAUUUCAAAGGGAAGAAGGAGCAAGCGGGGCCUGAGAAAAUAAUGUCUGACAUUCGCUGAAGGGAAACUGGCACCAUCAGACAUCCGAGUCCCACAAAGAAACUGCAUACUAAUGUCGCUGAAUCGUUAAAACAUGCAGAGAAAAGAGUAACCAUGGUGCAAAUAUCACUGUUUGUUCAAUAAAUAUUAUGUGUUGAAAAGCCUGAAUGCUAAGUUCAUUAAGAGGGUGUCUGUACAUUUUUGGACAAUGACUGUAUGUUGUUUUUAAGGAUGAGCACCUAAACUAUGUAUACAGUUUGACAUUGUUUCAGUUACUGAAUGUUGCCAUGCUAAACAGCUAACAAGAAUCUAUAUAUAUACAUUUUACACAAUGGUUAAUAAUGAAAUUUUACAAAAAAUAAAAAAAUGCUCUUAGAUUUAGCAGUGGAGGAGCUAAGACAUUUUAUAUGGGUGGCGGAUAAGAAAAGCAAAGUGGAAAAUAAAUUAUAGGAUAAAUAAAUAUUUCAAACAGUUU